CUCUAGCCCGGGCAACAAAGUGAGACUCUGUCUCAAAAAAAAAAAAAAGAUUUGCUACCUCUGGGAACAUUCAAAAGAAAGUGAUGCCAGCUCAUUGACCACCUUUGUCACCUUUGAUCAGAGGUGACAAGAUUAGAAUGCCGAUCCAAUGGCUUAGCUCUUAUGAUAGUGUAUUCCUUAGGGCCACUGACUUAAGAAAGCAACUGUAGCCAAUCCCAUCACUUUGAGCAUAAACCUCGGAGACUGUCAGAUGAAGUAGCUUCAGUCUGGAGAUCUGAAGACAAACCAGAGAGCUAGUUAAGGGUAAUGAUAACAUCUAGCAUGUAGUGUGCAUUUCUGUGCCAGAGAUUUACCCAAUGUUGCUGAUCUAUACACUGCCCUAGGGAGGCAUCCCCACCCCCAGUUUUCAGAUGAGGAAACUCAGGCCACUUGGUUAGAAAGUGCAGAACUAAGAACUAAACCUACAUCUGUUACCUCCAAAGCUGUUUUUUUUUUUUUUUCCUUUUUCCUUUUGUGGCAUCUUAUUGAAGACAAGGUAAGUGACCAAAGGAUUCCAGUUGAAUCCCUGGGAGAAAACUAAGAUCACUCAGUUUAGCUUUGAGAUGAGACUACUCAGAGGUGACUUCAAAUACUGCCAAGCUUGGCUUGCAGGAGCCUCUGAGCCUCUGGUGGACUGAAGGACAGAGUAGCUAAGAGUGACUGUCCAGCAGUCGGGGUGACAGCCAGUCAGCACAGGGAGCUGGGCUCAGGGAGGGGUGGGUGCGUGAUGGCUGUGCAGACAGGGGCAGGCUGGGAGGACUGAAGGUGGGGCAGGUGGGGCCAAGAUUCUGCUCCAUUACUGUGCCCACAUUUCCUUUUAUUUCAGAUGUUUUCAAGUCAGCAAAUGUUUACUGAGCAUCUACUAUGUACAAGGUACAAUUCUGGGUGCUUGGGAGAGGGUAUGUGGGGGUCAGCGGAGAAUGAAUCACAGCACAUUUGCUGCCUUUGGGGGAAGCUGUCAUAACAGGGGAGUGGACAUAAGGAUGGCCAGGUGUUCCAAAUGACAAAGUCACUUACCCAAUAAGGACUGAGCAUGAGGACCCCCUGACUCCACUUGGGACAUUGAAGAAAGCUUCCUGGAUGUGGGGACUCUUGCCGUUGGCUCUGAUGAUUAAGUCUCAUUUUGUUGGGUUGAGAAGUGAGAAGGGCAUUACAGGCAGAUGUGCUGAGGGGGUGUCUGCCAUGCCAUUUUUCCUUAGUCACAUUCCCUGGCCCAUGGGCAGGGGCUCCUGAAAGGAAAGUCCAGCUAUCAGGGUUUUGUCCCAGCUCCUGGCCUUCCCACCAAGUAUCUCCCCAGGGGUGGCACUGCCUGCCUCAGCUGCAGUCCCAUCUUGGGCCCAGAUAAUACUGGGAGGGGUCUCCCUCCUGUUACAAGUCCACCCUGUCCUGCCCUGCAUUUAUCCUUGGCCACCAGACCAGCUAUUGGGCUAAAGGGGGCUGGGUGGAUUGGGGGUUUCUGCCAUCUGGUGAUCUGACUCUGACCGAGGCCUGGCCUUGCCCUGAACUCCCUCAAGGGGGACAGAGGGUAUCAGCCUACCUUUCCAGGUAAAUCUGUGCACAGGCCCAGGUUUACUUAGAGAGCUGUGGUCCUUUCUGCUGCUGGAGGAAAGCAAGGAGGUAUCCUUCCCUCUCAUGUGUGCUGGCUCCUCUCCAGCCAACAAGCCCCAAGCAGCCUUUCUGAGGUGUGGGACAGAGGUUCAGGGUCCCCCAGCCCUACAGGGAUUCCGUGUCUGUUGAGGGGCAGAGGCAUACCCCUUUCUGAGCACUUCCACUUCUUGUUUCCCUUAGCAAACGAUACGGGGGCCCCGUGACACUUGCAUUUGGACCUCAGGACAGAGGUGACUAAUCCUAACAGAAUCAGCAUGUGUUCUCAUCGCUCUGGCCCCAGCCUGAUAUUGUUACCAGAUGAGAACAUGUCUUACUGGGUUUAACUCUGAUGGCUGUAGAGUAACAGGCAGCCACACUGUGUCCUGAAUAAACCCUGGGCCCUCCUACUUUGUCCUGGCCAGGCUGGGGCCAGAGUUUGCUCUGGGGCUUUGAGACAGCACCCCAUUCCCACCCUCCCCCACUGCCCAUCCCUGUCAUGCUAGAACCCUCUGCAAGGUUCCCUUGCAGAGUAGCUGGGUGGUGGCUUCAGGUCCCAGCCUGCCACCCCCAUGCUAAAACCUGGCUGCAGUGGGGCCCUGGGCUCCAGCGGGGCCUCCUCCGGACAGUGCUGUCACUGCUCUUUCUCUCUCUGGAGAUGAACAUCUGCAAUAAGCCCUCCAAUAAGACGGCUCCUGAGAAGAGUGUGUGGACGGCGCCUGAGCAGGCCAGUAGACCCUCCCUGGAGCUGCCGGGCCAGCGAUCCCGCCGCAAUGGGUGGAGCUGGCCCCCUCACCCGCUCCAGAUUGUGGCCUGGCUGCUGUACCUCUUCUUUGCUGUGAUCGGCUUUGGGAUCCUUGUUCCCCUCCUGCCUCACCACUGGGUGCCUGCUGGCUACGCUUGCAUGGGUGCCAUCUUUGCUGGCCACCUCGUGGUGCACCUGACCGCCGUCUCCAUCGAUCCAGCAGAUGCCAACGUUCGGGACAAGAGCUAUGCGGGUCCCCUACCCAUCUUCAACCGCAGCCAACAUGCUCAUGUUAUUGAAGACCUGCACUGCAACUUGUGCGAUGUGGAUGUGAGCGCCCGCUCCAAGCAUUGCAGCGCCUGCAACAAGUGCGUUUGCGGCUUCGACCACCACUGCAAGUGGCUCAACAACUGCGUGGGCGAGAGGAACUACCGGCUCUUUCUACACAGUGUAGCAUCCGCCUUACUGGGUGUCCUGCUCCUGGUGCUGGUGGCCAUUUAUGUCUUCGUGGAGUUCUUUGUCAACCCCAUGAGGCUGCGCACCAACCGACACUUUGAAGUCCUGAAGAAUCACACAGAUGUGUGGUUCGUGUUCCUGCCUGCUGCCCCUGUGGAGACCCAGGCUCCUGCCAUCCUGGCCCUGGCUGCCCUCCUGAUCCUUCUGGGCCUGCUCUCCACAGCCCUGCUCGGCCACCUGCUCUGCUUCCACAUUUAUCUCAUGUGGCACAAGCUCACCACCUAUGAGUACAUCGUGCAGCACCGCCCACCACAGGAGGCAAAGGGGGCCCACAGGGAGCUCGAGUCAUGCCCCCUCAAGAUGCGGCCCAUUCAGGAGACAGAGUUCUACAUGCGGACCUUCAGCCAUGUGCGCCCAGAGCCCCCCGGCCAGACCAGGCCAGCGGCAGUGAAUGCCAAACCCUCCCAGCUUCUUGCUACCAGUGGCCAAGGGGAGCCUCCACUGCCCUCCUCCCCAGACACUGUCGCCCUGCCUCCUGAGAUCCGACCCCAGAAAAAGAGAAAGCUGCGCGUGUAUAAGGUUCCAAGAGCUGAGACCUUGGACCAGGCGUCCCCGCUGCCCAGGCUGCAGGAGCCCGGGGGGCCCGGCCACAGCUCCAGCCCGUCGACGGAUUCCGAGGGCGCCAGCCCGGUGCACUCCGCUGGCCGUGCUGGCGCCUACCACUCGGCGUCAGCCGAGUCCAUGGACGAGAUUCCAGUGGCGCAGACGCGCCUGGGCAGUGCCGCUCUGGCCGCUCCAGGGGGCAAGGGCCGGGAGCCCGGGCUGGCGCUGCAGGCGCGUGCGCCCGCCGUUUUCGUGAGCCGGAGCAGCGGCGAGCCGGGAUUGCGGGAUUGCGGGGCGGCCGGGAGGCCCGCCUAGCUUAGCUGGGCCAAGAGGCAGGAAGGCCGAGGAGGAGCGGCCGGCCCGACUCUCUAUGCAACACCCCACCCUCGCCGCACCGAGUGCACUUUAGGGGCCCCUUCGGCCGGCGGGAUCGGCCUCCGUCCCCAACUGAGCAAUACCCGCCCCACUGGCCAAGAUGCUCCAAUAAACUUUUUUAUGCUUUUGCGGA